GCGCUGUGUCCCUUGCACAGAUCACAUGGAGAAAGUCCUGUGAGUUUGCGGUGACGGUGUUUCGGCCAAAAACUAUCAACCAUCAAAAUACUACUGCUGCAAUUUAUCUUCUGCCGAUUCGUGACCGUGGAAGAUUUGCAAAGGGAAAUGAGGAUGUAGGUAGAGAGAAUCUUCAUCUAGAAACAGAGGCAGAGUUCCAGUGGCAACCGAAGCAUUCACACCGCAGAGCCGUUGAGACACAAUGAUGGAUAAUCGUUUUGCUACUGCCCUGGUCAUCGCCUGCGUGCUCAGCCUCAUCUCCACCAUCUAUUUGGCUGCUUCCAUCGGCACCGACUUUUGGUUUGAGUACCGUAAUCCGGCCCCUCCUGAAAAUAACAGUGAAAGUAAGGCCACUUGGGACGAACUCUUUGGCGAAAAUGCGGACGAAAACUCUUACACAGAAGCCCUCUUUCGAUGGAAUGGCACCAUUGGACUGUGGCGGAGGUGUAUCACGAUGUCGGAGAACUCCUAUUGGUAUAACUCACCAGGUGAGAUGGUCACCAAGUGCGUCAGCUUUUCCCUUUCAGACCAGUUCAUGGAAAAAUAUAAGGAUCCUGGGAAUCAUAAUAGCGGCAGUGACUUGAAUAGAACCUAUCUUUGGCGCUUGCAGUUCCUCCUGCCCUUUGUCAGCCUAGGACUCAUGUGUUUUGGAGCACUUAUUGGGAUUUGUGCUUGCGCAUGCCGCAGCCUCUACCCAGCCAUUGCCACAGGGGUCCUCCACUUCCUCGCAGGUCUGUGUACGCUGGGUUCGGUCGGCUGCUACGUGGCUGGAAUAGAGCUGCUCCACAAGAAGUUACCCCCACCUCCUGUGCAAGGCCAGUUUGGCUGGUCCUUCUGCCUGGCCUGCGUCUCUGCACCUCUGCAAUUUAUGGCAGCUGCCCUUUUUAUCUGGGCCGCACGAACCAACAGGAAGGAAUUCACGCUCUUGAAAGCAUACCGUGUAGCAUAAUGAGAUUUCGGUGUCUUUGUAAAUCUUUGUUUCUCCAUUGUAAAACUUUCUCUUUCAACCCUUCUUGCUCUUUCUUUUUUGUAUUCUCGAAGGCUUUCACGGUCAGAAUCCAAUGGCUGUUGUAGGU